GGAAUCAAAGCACAAUAUUACAAGAGUUUUGAAUAUCUAGUUCACGAUAUACCCAGUAGAAAAUUCAACAGAGAUGCGAAAUAUUCUGUGCCAUUGGCAUCGCUACCCAUCGCAUGGAGCCAACUGUUCGUUCGAAGCUCGCGUCAUCUUUCGCUUGUUCGCUCAGAUUUAGUUCUUCUAGUGCCGUGCUCGCGUUCAGACGUUAAAGUUGUUCUGUUUUGUUGCCUUUCCCUUUCGGAAGUUCGUUGGAAAUACACGCUAGCAAAACACUAAUCUAGCCGCGAAACAACCGCUGUAGCAGUGCCGAUUUAUCCAGAGCGCCAAACCCAAAAAAAAAAAGAAAAAAGUCAACAUGUCGACCAACCGUGCCCCAAAAUCCGGAUUCGCUGCCGAAGCCCAGAGAAAGAUCAAUUCCAAAUACAGCGAAGAGCUGGCCGCCGAGUGUCUGGAAUGGAUUAAGGAAGUAACCGGUGAACCGAUCAACACCUCCGGCGAAAUGGACAACUUCUACGAGGUGCUGAAGGAUGGCGUGCUGCUCUGCAAUCUGGCCAACGCGAUCGACGCCGGCUCGGUGAAGAAAAUCAACACCAGCAAGAUGGCGUUUAAGUGUAUGGAAAACAUCUCCGCCUUUCUGGAGAGUGCGAAAAAGUUCGGCGUUCCACCGCAGGAGACCUUCCAGACGGUGGACCUGUGGGAGCGGCAAAACUUGAACUCGGUCGUUAUCUGCCUGCAAUCGCUGGGUAGAAAAAUGGCCAAAUACGGAAAACCAUCAAUCGGCCCGAAGGAGGCCGACAAGAACGAACGUCAGUUUUCGGAGGAACAAUUGCGUGCUGGCCAGACGGUCAUUUCGCUGCAGUACGGUUCCAACAAGGGUGCUACCCAGAGCGGCAUCAACUUCGGUAACACUAGACACAUGUAAGAGAAGCGCAACUUCAUCCGUUGGUUUUUACCGUUCAGAUUUUGAUUGGAUAAGCAGUUAGUGACUUACAGUAAGAACAAUGUUUAAACAAAAAGAAAACUUAGUAUGACAACGAAUUAGGCAGGCAUUCCGAUGCAAAUAGUUGUACCAUAAUCGUCAGAGACAUGUUUUAUUAUUAUUGCAUAUAUCACUGUUAGAGAGCGGACGUUAAUUUUGUCCGUCUACCAAGUUAUUACCGAAACAAAAAAAAGUUGAAAGACAAAUAAACAGGAUGUAAUCCUUGCGACCAUUUGAAGGCACAGAUAGUGCACCUUCUCAAGUUAAAUAAGCAGAGUCAAUGUGUGUAGAUAAAGCAUUCCCGUUUCGAAACAUUUUUAUCUAUUUCCACCAAUUAUAAAAAAACGGCCUUCACCUUGGUGACACGACAGUAAAAUUAGAGUGCUCUUAUUACGCGAAAGUGGAACAGAAAUGAUGUCCGAUAGCUACCUGGUGAACCUUUUUGGAAAUCUGAAACGAUAACGCCUUAGCCAAUAUAAAUGUAGAACCAUUCCAAUCCAGAAACAAAUUGUCGGCUUCCAUUUAUUCUAUCUUGAACCUCACUCAUUCCAUAAAUGACGCUCUAAGGUAUUUUAGCAACACAUUCCAAUUAUUAUCGAUUAGUACAUUCAGAAUAGAGGUUCAAUAAAUAUUUAAACAAUAGUUGUUUGUACGAACCAGAAGAAACAAUAAAGCAUAAACAUAUAUAUGUGUAUUUCGGUGCCAUCAGCCAGCAGAGAGUCAACGAGGCGGAAAUUAUAUACAAUAUUUAUUGCCAAACAGAUAUCGUUGCAGAGAUAGAUAGAUAGUGACUGAAGUAGUUGCAACCUGUGGCAGGAAAAUUAGGUUCACUUUAAUUUGAAAGAUGGUUACUUAACGUAAAAAAAAAAACGGCUGACAAUCGAAGGUGCGCCAAACCCGUGACGCUAGCUCAGCAAUCAGAUGGCCUUAUACAACCGACAACAAAAUUGGGAACUGUUUGCAUUUGCAUGAUUCAGUAUUUUUUUAUGAAACGAAAUAAAUUUGCCAUUCCGUCUUUACUAGUUGAGUUUAUUUUUUUUUUUGGCUAUUGUUCUCUCGUGCAUUGCUGUGUUUUUAACCGUACUCUUUUUUCGUAAAUUAUUAACGAGUUUUGUUCUGCUAUAUUUUUGUCAUUUUUUCGGGUAAGUUAUUAUGUAAAAAUAAAAGUGAAAAACAAUCAA